AUGGUUGAACCGAUCAUCGGCUCGGACUUCCUCUCAUACUUCGAUUUGGACGUCAGCGUGCGGCGGCGCCGCCUCAUAGACGGUCAGACUCGUCUCUGCAUCUCGGGAGUCCUGUCCGACAUUGCUCCAAUGGCCAUCCGCAUGCUGAUACCUUGGUCACCGUUCGAAAAAACCUUGGAGAGUUUCCCGGAGUUAAUAAAACCGUGCAACCUCACUCAGCCGCCUAAACAUGCGGUGACACACCACAUCGUCACACGGGGUCCACCGGCAGCCGCUCGACCACGCCACCUGUUUGGAGACCGCCUAGCUAUUGCUAAACGGGAGUUUGACCAUAUGCUGCAGCUCGGCAUUAUCCACCCUUCGUCAAGCGCUUGGGCUUCCCCGCUGCAUUUGGUGCCAAAGCAUGAUCCUGGUGACUGGCGUCCUUGUGGAGACUAUCGAGUGUUGAACGCCAAGACUGUCCACGACAGCUAUCCCCUACCUCACAUCCAGGAUUUUACAUCGCGCCUCAAUGGCUGCACAAUUUUCAGCAAAGUGGACCUUGUUAAGGCAUACCACCAGAUUCCUGUCGAGCCCGCCGACAUACCUAAGACCGCCAUCAUGAUGCCCUUUGGGUUGUUUGAAUACGUGCGGAUGCCUUUUGGACUCCGCAAUCCAGCUCAAACUUCCCAGCAGUUCAUUUCUCAGGCUACACGGGGCCUCCCUACUGUGUUGCGUACCUUGACGAUGUCCUCAUCACCAGCCGCCUCGUCGCCAGCGCCUCAUCAUAACUUGUUGCAGUGUGGUCACGUGAGCAAAGUAGGGGUCACCAAGGGCCACCUUUGA